GAUGUGUGUGUGUGUGUUUUCCAUCUGGAGGAUGCAUGUGCUGUGACGUCUCUGUCUGUGUUUCUUUUAGUCUCAUUCUUUGACUUCAUCACAUUUCAGUCUGAAGGGAGGAGCAGAGAAAUCCACCUCUUCUACUGUUACUCAGGAGCCUUAACUGUGUGUGUGUGUGUGUGUGUGUGUGUGUAAAGCUGCACUAUCAGCAAUGCUGUGGUUCUUCUUCUAAACUGGACUGGAUUGAAACACUGAUCCUGAGCUGCAACUGGACCAGACGAGUGUGAGAUGGACAGAAUGAAUGUGACGGCUCACCCUGAUGCACUUACUCAGACGAACACAUCUCAAAAUUUGACACAGGAUCUCAUGUGUGUGGACAUUAAGGACAGUCCAAUUAAUGACCUGUUGAUGGGCAUCUACAUCACUGCCCUGGUGCUGGGCUUGGUGUUCAACAUGCUCACGGCGUGGCCCAUCAUCCAGCAGAUCCGCAAGAAGAACGUGCUGGGCGUCUACCUGCUCAGUCUGUCCAUCUCAGACGUCCUCUACAUCCUCACCAUGCCGCUGUGGAUCGUUUACUACUACAACGACCACCACUGGACGUUCGGCCUCGACCUGUGCAAGCUGGCCGGGUUCGUUUAUUACUCCAACAUGUACAUUAGCAUCUACCUGCUGUGCUGCAUCUCCAUCGACCGCUGCCUGGCCGUCACCUUUCCUCUGAAGACCAAGAGGUUCCGCCGCUACAGGUACGCCUGGCUCGUCUCGGGGUUCAUCUACGUCUUUGCCGCCAGCCUGCACGUCCUGGUCAUCUUAACGGACAAGGUGACGGACCCUCUGGAUAAACAUGGUCGCUGUUACGAGACGUUUCCCAUGACGGAGCGUGUGGCUCUGUUUAACCUCCUGCGUGUGGUCAUUGGCUUUCUGCUGCCACUGCUGGUAUUAGCCAUGUGCUACUUUCAGAUCUUCAGAAAGGUGAAGGAAAGUGUGGGACUGGACAAUCAGGGCAAGCGCAAGGUCAAGCUGCUGUCCGUGGGAGUCAUCGCCAUCUUCUCUGUCUGCUAUGCCCCCUACCACACCCAGCUGCUCGUACGCAACAUCGCUUUCAACUACUUCAGUUUUACUGAAUACUGCAAAUUCGAACAGGCGCAGCACCUUUACUUCUCCGGGACGCUGGCCAUGUCCAGUCUGAACAGCGUGGUGGAUCCUCUGCUCUAUGUCUUAGUGAGUAACGGCAUGAGGGAAAGUGUACGGUUCUGCUGCAGGACGAAACCCAGCAGCUGCACGUAAACCGCCACAAAACACAGACUGGAGCUUCAACAGAAUGGAAGAAAACAUGAAAAUUCUCCUGAAAUGUGAAAGGACAUGAGAAGGAACUCGAGAAAGCCAACCUUGUUGUUUGACUGGAAGAAAAACAAGAAGAACUUCAACUGUUUAUCUUCCUGCAGUGGGAAAACGAGAAGAAAGAACAGCAGAAUCUGCGUGUGUGUGUGUGCGUGUGUUCAUUAAUCAGCAAAUUGUGAAUUUAGUGUUUGAGCUAGAAAAACCCAUCAUGACACAAAAGAUGGGGAAAAAAACCCCAAGAACUUGACACAGAAUACAGUUCCUGUUUCAUAAUAACCGCUCCUCACCACCACAUGGACGAGGCAGAAGAAUGAAACUCAUCCUCACUUCCCGUGGUCUUAAGCGCUUGGUGUGUGUUCAUCACUCUCUCUCCAGUGUUUCUUCCUUUUCAUCACUUUCAUAAAUACAUUAAACAGGUUUCUUUCAUUAAUGUAUAAACUGGGAUCUUUUUAAAUUUUUUUGUUUAUUUAUUAAUUCAUUGUGUUUAUUUAUACCUUCAUUUCAAUAAAGA